CCCGCCUCUCCCGCCCCCGCGCGCGUGGCCUUCUGGGUAACGCGGGGCCGCCAGGUGACAGCUAAUGGCGGCGGCCGCUUGACGCGAGCGGUCAAGCAGCGAAGCAGGGCGGCAGGGGGCGCGUCGGGGAGCCUGGCUGCCGCUGCACUCCGGACUGUGGCUCACCGGAGGCGCCGGGCUUGACGCGUCAUGGACAGGCCAGUGGCGGCGGCGGCCGCCGCAUCUGCGGCGAGCUGCGAGGGCGCUGGGGGCCCGGGGCCAGGGCCGGGCGCUAGCUGGAGACCCUCUCGGGUUGCGGGGGGCGCCUCGGCCAGCUCCCGGCACCCCAGCAUUGAGACCCUUGACAGUCCUACAGGGUCACAUGUUGAAUGGUGUAAACAGCUUAUAGCUGCUACAAUUUCUAGUCAGAUUUCAGGUUCAGUGACAUCAGAAAAUGUGUCAAGAGAUUACAAGGUUUUCAGGAGGCCUGAUACCAGGAAUAUUCAUAAAGCAAGACAAAGAUUGGAGCUAGAGGAAGAACACAAUGGCUACCCUUCUGAAGCUGAAGCUGAUCAGGUGGCUCUAAGGGAUGGAAAUAAACUGGCACAGAUGGAAGAAGCUCCACUUUUCCCAGGAGAAUCAAUUAAGGCCAUUGUGAAAGACGUCAUUUAUAUCUGUCCAUUUAUGGGAGCAGUGAGUGGGACCCUGACAGUGACGGACUUUAAAAUGUACUUCAAAAAUGUAGAAAGGGACCCACAUUUCGUCCUUGAUGUUCCUCUUGGAGUGAUCAGCAGAGUGGAGAAGAUUGGUGCACAGAGCCAUGGGGAUAAUUCUUGUGGUAUAGAGAUUGUGUGCAAGGAUAUGAGGAACCUGAGACUUGCAUAUAAGCAGGAAGAACAGCGAAAACUUGGGAUAUUUGAAAACCUCAACAAGCAUGCUUUUCCUCUUUCCAAUGGGCAGGUGCUAUUUGCAUUCAACUAUAAAGAAAAGUUUCCAGUUAAUGGCUGGAAAGUUUAUGAUCCAGUGUCUGAAUAUAAGAGACAGGGCUUGCCAAAUGAGAGUUGGAAAAUAUCAAAAAUAAACAGUAAUUAUGAGUUCUGUGAUACCUAUCCUGCCAUCAUUGUUGUGCCAACUAGUGUGAAAGAUGAUGACCUUUCAAAAGUGGCAGCCUUUCGAGCGAAAGGCAGAGUCCCUGUGUUGUCAUGGAUUCACCCAGAAAGUCAGGCAACAAUUACACGUUGCAGCCAGCCAUUAGUGGGUCCCAAUGAUAAACGCUGCAAAGAAGAUGAGAAAUACCUGCAGACAAUAAUGGAUGCUAAUGCACAGUCACAUAAACUUACUAUCUUUGAUGCCAGACAAAACAGCGUUGCUGAUACCAACAAGGCAAAGGGUGGUGGAUAUGAAAAUGAAAGUGCUUACCCUAAUGCCGAACUCAUAUUCUUGGAGAUCCACAAUAUUCAUGUGAUGAGGGAGUCACUUCGUAAAUUAAAGGAGAUUGUGUAUCCUUCAAUUGAUGAGUCACAUUGGCUAUCCAAUGUGGAUGGGACACAUUGGCUGGAAUAUAUACGGGUUCUCCUUGCUGGGGCAGUGAGAAUUGCUGAUAAAAUAGAAUCUGGGAAAACUUCCGUGGUCAUCCACUGCAGUGAUGGGUGGGAUCGAACAUCCCAGCUCACAUCUCUGGCAAUGCUGAUGUUAGACAGUUAUUACCGGACCAUUAAAGGAUUUGAGGCUCUCAUAGAAAAGGAGUGGAUAAGCUUUGGACACAGGUUUGCCCUGAGAGUGGGCCAUGGUGAUGACAACCAUGCAGAUGCUGACCGAUCACCUAUAUUUCUUCAGUUUAUUGAUUGUGUUUGGCAGAUGACAAGACAGUUCCCUUCAGCAUUUGAGUUUAAUGAAUUAUUCUUGAUUACAAUUUUGGAUCACCUCUAUAGUUGUCUUUUUGGGACCUUUUUGUGCAACUGUGAACAACAGCGAAUCAAAGAGGAUGUAUAUACAAAUACUAUAUCUUUAUGGUCUUAUAUCAAUAGCCAACUAGAUGAAUUCUCAAAUCCCUUCUUUGUGAAUUAUGAGAACCAUGUGUUAUAUCCUGUUGCUAGUAUGAGUCACUUGGAAUUGUGGGUAAAUUAUUAUGUACGGUGGAAUCCACGGAUGAGACCACAGAUGCCAAUUCAUCAGAAUCUCAAGGAACUGCUGGCUAUCAAGGCUGAGCUGCAGAAGCGUGUGGAGGACUUGCAGCGGGAGAUGGCCACCCGGACCAUCUCAUCUUCCUCUGAGAGGGGCUCCUCACCUACCCACUCAGCUACUCCUGUACACACCUCAGUCUGAUGAACAAAGCCAGUACCCCGGGCCAUCCGGCUGCUCUAUUGUCUUCCAGCAGCUCGGGGACCUGGCCAUUGAUAUUAUGGUUCUAGCUUGUCAUCUUAGCUCUUAGGACUCAGCCCAGGGACCAUUUGUGGGUGGUGAAAGCUCCUAUUAUUAACAAGUACUUCUUUUGUGUGAACAGCCUGUGCCCCUUUUGCGAGCAGCCUCACCCUGUGAACCACCUGUGUCUUGUACAGGUAGCUUGGGAGAAACCAGAUUGAAUGCAGUGCGGUAUUUUAACUUAAGAGAAUCUUACACCACUUCUUUCCAAGUUACAUCCUUUGUUACGAACAACUCGUUUACUUAUAGAACACAUCACCAGCCAUGUGGCUCCUCUCAGCCUUUUGGCACAAUUUAAAAACUGUUUUAAAUGAAAUGUUAGUGUGGCAAAUGAACCAUUGCCACCUGUUCUACAGUUAUCAGUUAUCUUCAUACAAGAAGUCCUGUUCAACUGGUACAAUAUGUACUGCUGUGUACAUAUAAGGUAUUUUUUAAAGAGAAACAUGCCUUUAUUUUCCUAUGUCCUUUUUUAUGUUUAGAAUAGCCUGAGAAAUCAUCUGCUAAACUGUGCUGUAGGAGAAAUUCUUUCCCAACGGAGUCCAUGCUGCCUUUUGCGCAGCACAUUUGAAUUAAGAUUCGAGAUGUGUCAGCUCAGUGGCAAUGGAGUGUUGUCCUCUAACUCUGGUACUUGUCUUUUGAGAUGGCACAGCCCAUUCAUUCAUUGGUGGUAGCAGCAGGUUCCCUCAGGAUGCAGCAAACUAUGAAUGCUCAGUCCUCUGGCCUUGUCGCAGGUAAACUGAGGGCUCAGGCAGCAACUCUGCAUUUGUUGGCCUCCCUCUAUGACAGCUCUCUAAAGGAGCAAGUCUUGAAAAUUGCUUUGGCAUCCUACCACCUGUUAAGAUGCCCAGCAUCUAUGUCAAAUCAAGUCGUCUCUCACCUGUUAGACACCUGGACAGCUUGCUUUCAUUUACCACGAUCUCUUCUCAGUUGAUUUACAUGACUGCCUGGCCAUACUUUAAGGCAACCAGUGGCUAAAAUACUCAUGAAAUUAAAUAUCAGUGAUUGCACUGAACUGUAUACUUCAGAUGAGCUAAUUUUACUACGUUAAUUUAGCAUUUAUUUAAGUGGAGAAUUAAUUAGUUUUGUAUUCCCUAUUUUACAAAAAUUGAUAAAGAUAUAGUUCAUGGAUUUUAUUCUGCUGUUAUGGGUUUAUUUCUAUGGGUCUGAAAGCAUAACAUGCUCUUCCAUGGUUUUCCCCUCUCGGACCCAGCCCUGGCUUGGCAGGCCUCUUUCCACAGUUAACAGUGUUGAUCUCUGCUACUCAACCAGUCCUUCUAGGAAUGAAUCUCCCAUCAGCUUCGACGUGUGCAAUGCCAGCAUAGCCACCACCACCACCAUGUCCACUUCUGUGUGUCACCAGGCCCUUCAGAGUUGGAGAUGUGUUUGAGGCUGACCAAGUGAGCCCCUGAGGACAGAUGGCUCACAUCUUCCUCUUGUCAGUGUCAAAUCACUGGAUGCUGUGCAGUCCUACACAUUAACCUCGGUUUUCAAAAGUGUUCUUAAAAGAAUUUUUACAGCCAAAUACAUAGAAACUAGAUGAUUUUUCAACUUACAGAAAACUACCCAACUAUAAGAUAACCAGAGACAUUUAUUCAAGGAAGUUUCAUAAGUUAUGAUCAAUUCUCCAUUUUUAAUCAUCUGGGGGAUUUGUUUCUAAACUACAGUUUAAGUGAUUUUAGCUUUUGAUUUGUGUUCAUCAUAGAUAUAAAACCUUAUUUGUAGAUGGAUAAACUGCCAUAUCUGAGGUAGGAGAAGCUGUGAGUUCAGGGACAGCUUUGGCUACAUAUCGAGUUCUGGGACAGCUGGCCUAUAUUGUGGAGCCCUGUCUCAAAAUCAAUACCAAAAAGAAAAUAACAUGAACUAUAAUAUUUUUUUUCUUCAUAUACUUUUUAAAAGUGGGGACAUUUACCAAUUUUUCCCUAGAAAUACUGUGUAAUUUCCCAGCGACACUUGAACUAUUGAAGAUAGAGUGGACUGGAUAAUGUUUUGACAGAACCAGAGAAGCCAUGGGGAUGGCUGCUUGUUGAGGUCAGCUAGCCUGGUACAGAUGGCUGGUAAACUGUGGCUCUGGCUCCUGCUCAAGCCAUGGCCUCCCAGCUGCCAUGCCUGCAGCACCCCUAAAAAUGUCCACUGGAUUUUAAAGAAGCACAACAGAGUCUUUCCCUUUGUAUGUUUCUAGCACAGAACUGUUUCUAAAACAACUUGAAGUAUAGUUUUCUUAUCUAAACAAUUCUUUCAUGUAUGUUUUAUUUAAGUACUAUAAUGUAAACCCUUUAAGGUUCAGGUUUUUAAACAAGUACAAUACUGUAUUUGCCUCAUCUGAAGCACUGUAUUCCAACAUGUAACUAAAAUGAUAAUAUGUUUGC